AUGAGCAGGUACUUUGUGGUGUACAAGUACGGCUCCGUCGUCUUCUUCAACAUGGGCCGACGCGAGCGGGACGAGUGCCUCAAGCUCGCCCGAUCGUUCACCAAGACCCCGAUCGCGGUGCCGUGCACGGACGACUACAGGGUAAUGGUUCGGCCGGGUAUGGAAGGAUGGGCAGAGUUCGCGGCUGACCACGUGGUACUCAAGCGGCUCGACCUCAACAACAUAUCCGUCAUAGGAACCGUGCUCGCGCAGACGGUUGCGCUGGAGCACCACGAGCUCAAGGUGGACAACAUGAUUGAGAUCUUCAGCGGCUUGAACAAAACAACGGAAGAGACUGGGGAGAUGGAUAUAUCGAAGGCCAGACUGUUCAAGCUGGUGGCGGAGAACAACAACACGCUAACCGAGCUGGUGACAAGAAUGAGGCUCUUGGGAAGGUCGGACACGGCGUGGCAGUACUCGCAGUACGACAAAGUGUGGUCGGGCCUGCGCGCGGACUUCGAGCUCGAGGAGAGGUUUGAUCACCUGGACUACAAGUUGAACCUGAUUCAGACUCAGUCCAAGUUCUACUUGGAGAUUCUGCAGAAUCGGAAGAGCGAUACGCUGGAGUGGAUCAUCAUCGUGCUCAUCAGCAUGGAGAUCUGCGUUUCGCUAUAUGACAUGUACUCAAAGCUGGGAUGA